AUGAUGAAGUCACGAAGGGAACAAAUCAUCGACGAGAUCUAUACGACAGAAGAGUUUUAUAUUUUGUCGAUGCAGUGUUGUAUUGACUUUUUUUACACGACUCUGAAGGAUGACCGGAAAAGUCCAGUGAGUUUUUCCGACGUCGAGAACAUAUUCAAAUAUUUCAAUGACAUUCUGGAGGUCAACAAAAAGUUUUACUUGGCACUUCGAAGACUUCGCGACACUCAUCAACUGUACACUACUAUAGGAAAUACCUUCAAAUUGUUUAUCCCAUUCUUUAAAGACUACUUUUAUUAUAUUUCACACUACGACACAUCAAGCAAAAUCAUCUCGAAGUAUGAAGCUGAUUCGAAGUAUGAGACAUUCAUGGCCGAUCUCAUUGCGAAAAUACCAACGAGCACUCAUUUGGACCUACGAAGUUAUUUAAUUAUGCCCGUCCAACGACUUCCAAGGUAUCAAUUACUUCUUCAAGACCUUUUGAAACACACCGAGAAGACAGAAGAAGACUAUUUGUGUAUUGAAGAGUCACUGCAACAAAUCAAAAGUGUGACACAAGAGGUCAACAACAAGACAAAAGCCAUCGAACGGAAAGCCGUUGUCAUUCAAACCAAAAGAAACAUCAGUGGAUUACACGACUUGGACUUGUCGGAGGAAGACCGCUUCUUGGUGAAGGAGGGCGUCUUGAUGAAGGUCUGCAAGAAGACGAACAAAUUGCGGUACUUCUAUUUGUUCAAUGAUUUGAUGAUCUACGGCAUUGGCAAUCAACGGAUUAUAGUAUCGGAGUGGUUCUAUUUGCGUACCGUCCGUGUUGAGGUUGACACGCGAUUUGAAUACAGCUUUAAGAUCAAAAAUAAUAAGAAGAGCUUUACAGUGAUCUGCGGGAGCAAGAGGGAGAUGAAAGGGUGGUACGACGAGAUUGAGAAGUACUCGGACGAGGAGCGGCGUGAGAGUGGAAGUGAGAGUGAAGAAGGGAUAUUGCGUCCCGUGUGGAUACCGGACAAUGAAACGAAGUGUUGUUUGAUCUGUCAUGAUCCAUUCACUUUUGUGAAUCGGAGACACCACUGUCGGAUGUGUGGGCGGUGUAUUUGUGGGGAUUGUAGUCGUGGGAAGAUUCAACUUGCGCCUAAAGGGCCUGAAGAGCGAGUUUGUAAAAUUUGUUUUGCACAAGCAAUGGGAAUGGAAGUGUUGCCUAAGAUCGAAAAGCGUGAGAAGAGCCCAAGAACUAUUAAAAAGGAAGUCAAAGAUGGGAAGAGCACAUCACCAAUACUUAAAAUCGAAGAUGUUUCGACGGAAAAAGGUAUUAAAGGGCUGACGAAAAAGGUCCGCAAGAGUCUUGGGAAGAUCAAAGAAAAGUCCUUUGGAGGAGAAGAGGAGAGUGUGUUGUCGAUAGUCGAGUGUAAGGAUAUCGGAGACCACAAACGACUGACGCGGCAAAAAGAGACCGAUAAAAAGAAAAGGAAGACUAUGAGGUGUAAUAGUUCGGACAAAAUUCGGGAAAGCCAAGACUCCAUUUUUAAGGAUGGUGCACGUCAAAUAGAAGAAUGGAAAAGAGAAAGAGAGGAGAAACAACGGAAGAUGAUGACACCAGUGUAUGAUGAAAUAUCAGUAAUGAACACUAACACAUAUCAAGAAGUUAUGAAGGACAAGAUAGUGGAAGUGAAAGAAAAGGAGAAUGGAAUGAUUAAUAUAGAAGUCUCGAAUAUUACUUCAACAGAGACAAAUAAAGAACAAAACAAAGAACAUCUCAAGAACAGUAAAGAUGUGACGAAGAACAAAGUCGUCAUUACAGAACAAUUGCACCCUUCAUAUAAAAUCCUCAAAUCUCAAAAUGUCGAAUAUAACAUUCCAGUCACAAUAGAAGAGAGCGAAAUAAUACUUGGGAAUGAACCAGAGAUCAUCGAAAAGGAAAAGACACAUAACAAAACAUUACAGAGACUCGACAAGAAUGAAGUGUGCGAAUUGAGUGUCACACCGCUUGGAGAUGAAGCACCUCCAAUAGAUAGAAACAGAACACUCAUCGACACAGAACCCCCACCAAUCAUUACAGUCCAAAGCAUCCCACAGAAAAUGCCAUCAAAUCAAUUCAAAGAACAAAAGUUUUACCCCGUUGGGUCUCCUCGAAGUAAGAAAGUGUUGGACACAAUUGUGGAGAAUAACGAGAAGCAACAGGAGGCCGCCGACUUGAUCAAAUUUGUCGAGACAACACUGAAACACUCGACAGAGGAUUUGGAAAUUCAGGAGAUCUUCCCCGUCGUACAUAAAGAGAAGAUGAACGACACAUCAACCGUCAAAAGCGUCAGCGUCUUAUUCAAAAUACCGAAGUCUGAAGAUAAACAUGUGACCCAGACAAGCACGAAGAAUAUAGUGAAACAACUCCAACAAUCGCAGAGUAAAGUUGUUGUGAAUAAACAAGACCGCCUUAUGUUGAUUCUUGAAAGACCACAAGACAAACAGGCGGAUAUCAUCACACAGAAGAGAGAGACCCGCGUCGAGAGAAAUCGCCGGCUGUUCGAAGAGAAAAUCAGACAAGAGAAGGAGAGUCAAACACGAGAGUUUUUACUCCGGCAUUGUCUGCUGAAGAAAUAA